UUUAGCGAUCGGUUGACGCGUACAGAUAGAGACGCGCUGCUGUGUUUGGGUUUUAGCAGCCCAAUUUUUAAAGGCUUUUUAAUUUUUUCUUCCCUUUUACAUAAAAAAUAAAUUUUAAAAAAAAGUUAAAUUAAAAAAAAAUAUUUUAACAAAGAGACCCAUCGGCAUAAUUUUUGUGUUCAACGUUGCAUAUUUAGGUUAUCAUUCAUUCAAAAAAAAACCGAAUGUGUUCAAAGUAGUGAUUUUUUGUCAUUAUUGAAAAUUGUAUUUAAUUCACACGAGACGAAAAGAAGAAUUCUAUCAAUUGAGUUGUAACGAGAAAACUGAUUUUUAUACAGUGUAGAUUAGAAAACUAUGUGUGGAUUUACGGUAUAUUAAUUAGCAGUGUACGUUAUCGAGAUAGCGUUUUAUGAAUAGUAGUAGUGAAUAUUGGUCGAACAUUUGAUUAAAAGUUUUUUUUUCUUAAUAAUAAAUUCGAAUUCAUGAUUGACGUGAAUGUAUGUGAGAGUUUAAAUACUAAUACACAUCCUAUACGUAUAUAUAAGUAAGUGCAUUGCAAGAACAACAGUGAGAAAAAAAACUACAAAAACUUGCGCUUGUGUGUUAUUGAAUUCAGGGUUGUAUACACUAUACGAUUUGACAUGAAAAUAUUGAUUACAUAAUAAAAGUGAAAAUUUAUUAUUACUGUGCCGAAUACAUAAAAGCGAAUGCAAUUUUGUGAACAGAAGGUUAAAGGGUGGCUAAUAAUAAACGUACGAUUAUGAUAUAUAUGUAUGCCAAUUAUAGAUCGGAUUAACGGCAGUCGAUUUUUUCGGUUGAAUUUUUUUUAAAGAAAUUGGGCAAUCAAAGCAUUUCAACAGUUGCUUUAUGUCAGUCCGGACUACGUACGUUCCAAUGAAGUUCAUCUGCGAUUGGGUCUUAUGUUCAAAUUGAACAAUGAUUAUGAAGCAUCUCUGAAACACUUACAGUUGGCUCUUUUGGAUUCGUCACCGUGCAGUUUUUCAAAGCUUGAAAUACGAUUUCACAUCGCCCAUCUGUAUGAAGCUCAAAACAAACACAAAGCAGCGAAGGACGCAUACGAACAAUUACUCAACGAGAAACAGUUAACACCGCAGCUAAAAUCGGAUAUUUAUCGGCAAUUAGGAUGGAUGUACCAUUGCGUAGAGUCGUUAAGUGACAAACGUACACGUGAAACAUUUGCGAUAAACUGUCUGCAACGGUCGAUCGAAACCGACACAAAAUCGGGACAGUCGUUGUAUUUAUUGGGUCGCUGUUACGCCGGUAUAAAUAAAGUGCAUGACGCGUUUAUAGCCUACAGAAAUUCAGUGGAGAAAAGCGAAGGAAAUGCAGACACGUGGUGCUCCAUCGGAGUAUUAUACCAGCAACAAAAUCAGCCUAUGGAUGCAUUGCAAGCGUACAUAUGUGCAGUGCAAUUAGACAAGACACACCGUGCCGCUUGGACCAACCUAGGUAUUCUGUAUGAAAGUUGCAGUCAACCGCGAGAUGCAUUCGCUUGCUAUUUGAACGCGACAAGAUAUUCCAACAAUACAACCGAACAAAUCCAAAAUUUAACGGUUUCAUCCACCACAAAUCCAACCGGUCAUUCAUCCACAUCGUCGACCAUUUCGCCGAGUCACGGAAGUCACAAAAAUCUACUGAAAGAUUCAACGAUCACAACCAGCGGCGGUAAACCACAAAAUCUAUCGCAGCGGAUCAAAUUUCUGCAAUCUCAAUUGGCUCACGCUCCUAUGCCGAGCAUAACAUCGAAAAGACGCCAGUUGCCCUCGAUCGAAGAGGCCUGGAAUCUGCCGAUAUCUGCCGAAAUGAGUUCGCGUCAACAGCAAAGUGCGCAAGCCAAUCAACAGCGAUCGAUAGCCAAGGGCGCCUAUAACACUCAGACGUCCCAAGGACCGCCACCGCCAUAUCCAAAUCAACAGCCCAACAAUGCAGCUGUAUCAAACAAACGAUUCAAACAGGAGGAGAACCUUCAACAAUCACCCAAUGCCCGACCAGCCCAGCCCGUCUACUAUCUGUCACAGCAGCAGUUGCAAAUGUUACAAUAUCUACAGCAGAACCAGAACAAUCUUACAGCCCAACAGCAAAAUGUUUUACUGCAGUUAACGAAUCAAUAUCGCCUGAUGCAGCAGCAUCAGCAGCAAGUACGGAUUCAGCAACAACAGCGCACGCAGGCCGGUGCCGUGCAAACACAGCAGCAACAAAGUGGACAAGUUGCUAAUCGGCCGGCAGGUCAACAGUUUAUUGGCCAGCAGCCGAGUAGUUUUCAACAGACCGCACCACGAGUUCCACAAAGUGGGACGAUUGCACAAACUGGAUUUGCUGUUGAAAGCUCGAGCAAUUUUCCAGCUGCAACUGGACACACACUGCCGAACGCUGGUAUGCCCUACAAAUCGGCCAAUGUGGGACAAUUUCAGCAGAAUCAGUUCGGAACGAAUUUGGGUUACACUCAAAUAUCGUCAACGACCAAUCAGUCCGAUAUGGAUGUUUCCGACCAAGAACUACAGGCUUUGCUAUCGCAAAAAGACAUUGCAACGUCCUUCGCUGAAAAUCUGCUCAAACAGUUCGGCAGCGAUGGACUUGACAUCAAAGGUGAAAUUCCCGACGAGGCUGGCGUAGGAUCAUCGUCACCAACAAAUGUUGCCGCCGAUUCGACAACAAAUCCAAACACAAAAUCACCACCGGUCAAAUGCGAAGCAACAUCAACAAUGUCAAUCAUUCCAAAAUGUGAUAUCAAAACUGAACCAGUUUUAAAAAUUGAAAAAUUGUUUGGAUCGAACGACACGCUAACCUUUUCGACGGCAAUGGACGCGAAACAAAUUAUGGAAACUGUGAAAUCCAUUGGUGUCACAGAACCUCCAUCACCAUCCUCAAUACAAGCUCCAGACGCUCCGAUACCAUCGCCACCAGAAUGUCCACCGCAACGAUUAACGCGAGAACAACUUGUACCACCCACACCAUCCGUUCACUUGGAAAACAAAAAGCAUGCGUUCAGUCCACAACUCCAAGAGUUUUGUCUGAAACAUCCCAUUGCUGUGGUGCGAGGAUUAGCAGCUGCGCUGAAAUUAGAUUUGGGACUGUUUUCAACGAAAACUUUGGUGGAGGCCAAUCCCGAUCACAGCGUCGAAGUGCGAUUACAAGUGCAUCAAGGGCCCGAUGAAAAUUGGGACAUUUCGCAAGCGAAAAGAGUUUGGACCUGCAUAUCGCAUCGUCAACACACGACCAUUGCCAAAUACGCCCAAUAUCAGGCAUCGAGUUUCCAGGAUAGUCUCAAGGAGGAGAAGGACAAAACUGCCGGCAUUCACACAUUUUCGGAUUCCGAUUCGAAGGAUUCGAUGAGCAAUAGUGGCGUCAAUGGAAAGAAGAAGAAAAUCAAAAAUGCCAACAAAAUGUUGAGAUUCGGUACCAACGUCGAUCUGUCCGAUGAACGCAAAUGGCGCAGUCAAUUGACCGAGCUAACGAAACUACCAGCAUUCGCCCGUGUCGUAUCGGCUGCUAAUAUGUUAUCACAUGUUGGCCAUGUCAUACUCGGCAUGAACACCGUUCAACUGUACAUGAAAGUGCCGGGCAGUCGAACGCCCGGUCAUCAGGAGAACAACAAUUUCUGUUCGAUUAACAUAAACAUCGGUCCCGGCGAUUGUGAAUGGUUUGCCGUGCCGGAUGCGUACUGGGGCGGCAUUCAGCAAUUGUGCGAAAAGAAUAACAUCGACUAUUUGCACGGUUCGUGGUGGCCGGUGCUGGAAGACCUGUACAAUGCAAAUAUUCCCGUUUAUCGAUUCAUUCAACGACCCGGCGAUCUGGUCUGGGUGAAUGCCGGCUGUGUGCAUUGGGUGCAGGCGGUCGGUUGGUGCAACAACAUUGCAUGGAAUGUUGGCCCGUUGACGGCACGGCAGUACAGUUUGGCCAUCGAGCGCUAUGAGUGGAACAAAUUGCAGCAUUUCAAAAGUAUCGUGCCGAUGGUGCAUUUGAGCUGGAAUUUGGCCCGGAAUAUCAAAGUGUCGGACGCAAAAUUAUUUGAACUAAUCAAAAAUUGUUUGCUUCAAACUCUCAAACAUGUGAUAGCAACGCUCGAGUAUGUCAAGUUGAAGAAUGUUGAGGUACGAUUCCAUGGGCGUGGCAAAAACGAGGCAUCGCAUUAUUGUGGACAGUGUGAGCUCGAAGUGUUCAACAUCCUAUUCAUUCGCGAACAAGAGAAACGACAUGUCGUCCAUUGCAUGGGCUGUGCACGUAAACAAACGCCAUCGCUGUCUGGUUUCGUAUGCCUCGAAGAGUACCGUUUGAGUGAACUGAUGCAAGUGUACGAUGCGUUCGUGUUGCAUAGUCCACCACCAGCUGUAUCGCCGCCGGCACCGACAACGUAAUAUAGAAUAGAAAAUUAUGUUAACAAUGACGACGACGAUGAUGAUGACAAUGAUGAUGAUGUUGUGUACCAUUAGUUUAAUUUAUUCGCUCGUAGCAUAAGGCGUAACCGGACUUUCGGAUUUUUUUUUUUUUUUUUUUGAUUUAAAUCAAUUUUUGAAUUAGUGAAAAAAGUGUGUGAACGGUCAUCCAUUUAAGCAAUAACGUAUUUAUACCUAUCGAAUUUACAAACAAAAAAACACAAACAAAAUGAGCCGACGGAUUUCUUUGUACAAAAAAAAUCCCUGGCGUUGAAUUUAGUUCACAGUUAGCGCACAUAAUCUCGACUCUCGACUGAAGAAUAUAUUUUUACUAAAUAUAAAACAAAAAUCGGGGUUACUCGUAACAAUCGUAAACAAUAAAUUUGCAAAUUCAGAAGGAAGUUUCAUAACGAAAGUUGGAAGAAAACUUUAUUUCAUUUUUGUAACAUCUUUCCGGCCAACAGUUUUACUUUCGAUGUUACGAUACCUCAAUUGGUCAAACGGCAAAAUAAACUGACACACGAACUGAAUAUUAGCAAACCAAACUGUUUUUUCUUCGAUGAAAAGCAGUUUUUUAAUCGAUGAAACGAAAUUCACGAAAGAUUGCGCGCCUUUAAAUGUGCUGUUCGCAUUGCUGCAUUUCGGAGGAGAGAAUUCGGAUAUUUGACAGGUAUAAAAGAAACGAAAAAAAGUUCACUGUUCGAAAACCAGCGAGAUCGGUUGGACUCAUGUCACACGGAACACUGAAACGUUGAUCAGUUUGUGACAUUUUCUUCACAUAAAAAACAAUCAAAAAUCGACGCUGGUGGAAAUACUGCAGGAUCACUGGGAUCAUCCACGGGAAUUCCUAGCCUAGGUUGUGUACAAAUCUGAAACAAGCGACAUCUUACGCAUUCGUAUCUCACCGGAAAAAAAACAAUUUUUUUUCCAUCAGCGGAAAUUUAGAGUACGAUCUGUAACGGGCCCAUAACCUGUGACAUGAAUUAACAGGGAAAAUCGUCAGCUUCUUAACAUUUUUAUUUCUUCUUCGAAUUAUAUUGACGAAGUCGCUCUUACCGCUCUGUCGGUAAUCAAAUAUAACUGCAACAAACUAAAAAAAAUUAUUGAUCUCAUGUAUUUCGUAGGGACGUGUAAUACAAAGAAGGAAGAAGAGAAAACACUGCACUUAGAUAACUUGUUUAAAAAGAGUGGAAUAAGAUGAUACAAAAUGAGUGUAAAUAAAGAGUAAAACCUCCGUCAUUUGAGUGUAAAUAUUUUUUUUAAAUCAAUCGGAAUCAGAAUGAAAAUGUUUUUUUUCUUCUCUUCAAUUAAUGUGAAAUUUUAAAUAAUAUUUUGUUUGAGUUGUGGGUUUAGCUUAUAUAUAAAUAGCUGUCGAAUGUAGUUAAAUAAAAUGAAAAAAAAAAAACUGAAUAGAGGAAGAAUGGAAUUUCAAAUUUAAAUUUAAACAUUAAAUACGGCUAUCCUUCCAAAAUAUAAAUGAAUUUUGCGGUUGAAUCGAAAUGGGCAAAUUGUUGUCAAACUGGAAAACAGCAUUCAUGUAUACGCUACGUAUGCGUGUCUAUGUAAAGCGGUAAGGUACCAAAAACGUAGCAAGCAAAAAAAAUGAAUUUUAUUUAACGGAAAAAAUAAAUUUGGACAAAAAAUCGACAUGAAAAACCUUACUUUUCUUAAGCUAAAAAUUAAUAAUUUGUUAUAGUGCUAAGUAGCCAAUUUUCUUUUCAUUAAUCUCUUUCCUCCCUCUCUUUUUUGUUUGUAAAAAAUGGAAAACCAAAAUUAUAAAAAUGAAAAAUAAAAAAAAAUUAAAAAAAAUUGCGGCCAGAAAACGACUCACAGUCUCGCUCAAAACCAGUUUUCAGCAUUUUCUGGCCAAGCAAACAAAAUGCGGUACUGAGUUGCUGUGAAUUUUUUUGUUGUCAGUUUGUUGGAUUAUAUUACUCGCUUUCGGCUUGAAAUACAAAUUUCCCACACGCCUCAACAAAAACCGUCCCAGCAAGACAGUUAAUGUACUAUCAUUCGUAAUCGAUAUAAAAUAUUCAAAUUUUUUAGUAUUAAUAAUUUGUACAAAUUAAAUUAAAUUAUUAAAAAUAAUUAAAUUAAAAUGAAGGAAAAAUGAAAUAAUUUACACAAUCGAAAGAAGAAAUUAUUUAAUUUUACUACGUGUAUAGGAAAUGUAUAAGGAAAACAAAAAUUGAAAAUAAAAGGAGACAAAAAACCAGUGUUCACUGCCAAUAUAAAAAUGAAUAAAUUGAACUUAUAAGAAGAAAACAAAACACACCGAUGAUUUUUUGCGGAAUAAAUGGAGAAUGGAGAGAUUGGUGGAUGUUCAUCUUAUUUUUAAAAUGGAAAUUUUAGUGUAAAUAAAACUGAAACAAAAUGACAACACAAAGCGAGAAAAAUUAUAUUUUACCAAAAAAACACACACAGACAAUUCAAUGGGAUUUCUUUUUUAUUUUUACCUACACUUACAUCAGUCAGGGCUGGACUGACUCGAAAAAGUCUUUCUGACGUUGUAUGUGGUAAAUUUGCGAAAAGCCCAUCAUUGCUCUUGAUCCAUACAAAAAAUUAAGAUCCCUUCGUAAAUCGCCCGAAUGACCGUGGGUUCAGUUCAGGCCUACCUGCAGUUUUUUAAAACGAAAUUUUAUAUGAAAGAAAUUUUAAUGGACAUGCUCCAUCACGUUGUGAGCAUCAUCAGUUCAAAUUGAAGUAAAAAAAUCUGGUCUGGUGCCUCUAGGAAAACUCCUUUGGCCUGUAGAGCCGCCAACCUUUUAUCCCUAGUUAUGUUUCCACUACCAGUAGGUGUUAAAUUUUCGAUUCUUUUUGUAAAAAAUAUCGCCUGGUCGCGCCUGGUCGUUGAUGCAAAGGUAACGAUGGUCAGUCAAAAACAAAUCUGUACACUCCUUGCAAGGAUAUUUUAAUUGAAUUUCCAGAGCAACAGCUUGAAGGUCUACAUUUCAACUAAAAUUGUGAUAUACUACGUUACAAAAUAAAAAGUGAACAAGCUUUCAUCUGUUGGCGAUCACAACUGCAUGAAUAAACGAUGAUCUUCGACUAUAACAGUGAGUCUUGUCGCGAAAUGUGCGUCGCAAACUUGAAACUGCUUACAUCAAAUGAAGUAAUAGAUCCGAUAACAGAUUUGCUGAUAUGCUUACCGUCGGUGAAAGGGUAAUACAAUUAGCUUAUUGAACACUCACAACAAUGACACUUUACUAUCACAUCGAUUUCGUUUUGUUGUUUUAAACAAUUGCAACUUUUUAUCAGUGUAAACUGAACACUAAACUCAUUCUCAGUACUAAGUUCUUUGAAUUCUAUACAGGAUUCUAUACCAUAAUGCAAUUAUGCGUUUCGAAAGUCAUUUGAAUCAUUAAAAUAAUUGUCGAAUUGUAAUUAAUUUGAUAAAUAAAAUUUGAAAUAAAACAAAUGGAAAUUAAUGAUUAAGAAGCAAUUUUUUUGACAGAUAAUUAAUUUUAUUUAAAAAAAGGGGAAAAAAUAGAAAGAAGAAGAACUUAAGCGUUAAUGUGCCUUUAUUCUCAUAAAAUAGCUCAAAACUCAAGAAAAACACAAAAAAUUAAAGAAAAAAUAAAUAUUUUUUUGGAUAAUAAAAAAAACAAUAUUUUUAGCUAUACAACAACAACAACGGUCCGUUUAGAGAAAAGUCUAAUUUUUCAGAAACAAAAAAAAAAGAAAAUUUUAUUACAAAAAAUAGAAAACAAAUUGUAGUCACAGAAAAGAAAACAUUUUUCAAAUUUUAUGAUUGAUGGACUGGACGUGGACAUACGCGAGUUUUUAUUUUCAAACGAACCAUUUACCGACGGCUAGAUCCUCACUCCUGAUCGAAUAUAAACUAUUUUCCCCACAGAUGAAUGUUACAUUAAUCGAAAACCGUGCUUUUUAUGUCUCCCUACUUUAUGUGGGCCAUUGCUACAAUCGUCUGUGAAAUAUACGAAGUAUGGUUUCCACUCAACAAAAACUACUCCGCGUGAUCACUGAUCUCACACGAGCGAGAUGUCAAGUAAACAAAGCAAAAAAUGAAAAAAAAAAUCAGAUUUGUCUCUCACAUGGAGUUUUUUUUUUGGUAGGUGGAAAUCAAGUCUUACUUUUUUAACGGAUGAAAAUUGUUCCUUUUCUCUUAUAUUUCCAAAAACCUUUUUAGUAAAAAUAGUGAAAAUUGGGAGAAAAAGCGGGAAAAUGUAGGGAAAAAAAUUUCACGGAAAAGUCCUUGCUAUUUAGUGUAGAGAAAUGCCGAACAAUGUCUAGCUGUACGUUUGUUUCCUCACUGUAUUUACUGAAGGCCAACACACACUAGCAUCUAGUGUCAGUUGGGAAUAUGAUAUUUCUAUUGUUAAAACCGAUUUUACCUGAUUUAAACAAUAGAAAUAUCGUAUUCCCGAUGACGCUAGAUGCUAAUUCCGCGAAAUUCUCUUGAUUGUCGUAAAUUUGUCUACAUUUUCUCGAUAAACUUUGCUCAAAGGUAGUGGCAAAAAGUAUUUCGUUUGUCGUUCCAUUCGGUUUCAAAUCCAUCAAUCAUUAAUAUUAAUUCUAACUCUGGUACAAAAUGAAGGAAAA